UGAUGCCGGGUGCAUGUUGCUACAUGGUGAAUGAUGAAUGAUCUCAUCCAUCAAUUACCACUCCUGGAGGGAAACCAUUCAAAAAUAAUUUUGGUGACUGAAGUGUAUUUGAUGGAGGCAAGCCACUGCCAAAAUGUAGAACAGAUGUAUAACUGCUAUUUCGAAAUAGAUAGUUUGAUUAUUUUUUUGGGGGGACGACAGUAUUCGUUACUUUUGUAAAACCACAAGUAGAAGUCACUGAAAUUCCCUAAGGGUUCGGCUAAGUGCCCACUUGUCAUUCAAUAAUUUGAUAUCCGAUUGCUUGUCGAUUGAUUUAUUGAUUUUGGAUAUCACACAGCUGUUAUUAGCCUACAUUGAAAGGUGUAAUCAUGUUAACCUCAUAAAUGCCACAUCCGCUAGAGUUAGACGCACACACAAACACACACAUACAAAUGUUUACGCUUAACCGAACUUUGUAGACGGUCCCUUGGCGUUCGCGGGGAGGGAUGAAGGAAGCACAUAGUGUGCGAGCAUCACCGGUUGAAUGACAACGCACUUGUCUCGCCUAAUGCGGAGUCCGAGAAAUAGUAUGGUUCAGUUUACUUGAGUGUGAGCGGCUCGUCUCCGGUGAAGUAGCCUAAUAGUAAUAUUACAAUCAAUCAGCCGACUUUCGGUUCAACAUUGGAAAGCAAACAUAACCAUCGAUGGUAUACAGAGAAAGAUGAGCAGCAGUCUAAGCUUCUCGAACGGAGGCAAGUAGCUAAUUAUAAAGGAAAUGUAAGCUGCUGGUAAAUGAGAGGCCGUCACCAUGCCCCCGGGGGAGUAUGGGUUACGGGCGGAGUGGGAGAAGGAGGGGGACCCGGAGAUCAUGAUAGACUUCCUGCUCCCCACCGGGAUCCUCCUGACGUUCUCGGUGUCUCGCAACGACACCGUCAAGACCAUAAAAAAAACCGUGUGGCGGAACGCCAGCAGCGAGCCCCUGUUCGGGGCGCUGGGCGACCCCGACGCGUACGUGUUCACCUGCAUCAACUCCACGGCCGAACGGGAGGAGCUGGAGGAUGAGAGCCGGCGGCUGUGCGACGUUCGGCCCUUCAUGUCCGUCCUGCGGCUGGUGGCCCGGGAGGGCGACCGCGUCGAGAAGCUCACCAACACCCAGAUCAGCCAGCUGAUCGGCAAAGGGCUCCAGGAGUUUGAGUCCCAGAAGAACCACGAGGUGAACGAGUACCGGGCCAGGAUGCGUUCCUUCUGCGAGGAGAAGGCCAUGGAGAGGCAGCGGUUGCCGUGGUACCAGUGGAUGGAAUUCAGCUUCCCUUGUGACCUGGAACCCUGCGCUUCGCUUCCCAGUUCCGGAAGCUUCAUGUCCAAAAACACCAAGAAAUUAUUUGUCAAUGUCAAGUUUGAUGCUAGCGACGAGAGCUUCAUGCUGCAGCAGGACUCUCAGGACCUUCCUCUCAGCUUGAUGCGGAACGCCCUGAAGAAGAAAGCCACCGUGUUCCGCUCUGUCAAUCAGGAGCCAGAACACUACACCCUCCAGGUCAACGGCCGAUGGGACUUCAUCUACGGAAAACAUCCCCUGUGCCAGUUUAAGUACAUUUUCUCGUGUCUGCGCGGCGGGCAGAACCCUCAGUUGACGAUGGUGCAUCACUCCACCAUCGUUAAGUACCAGGACGAACAAGCCGGCGCCUGCAGCCAGGUGACCAAGAGUCGAUCGCUGUCCAAACCUCCACCUCUACCCCUGAAGAAGCAGAACACGUCUUCGCUGUUCACCAUAGAGGAGCCUUUACAGAUUCAUCUGCUGCGCGGCACCAAAGUCAACGCAGACGAAGGGAUGAAGCUGGUGGUGCAGGCAGGCUUGUAUCAUGGCAGCGAGCUGCUGUGCAAGGUAGCGACCAGCAGUGAGGUGACGGUCAGCUCUGAGCCAGUGUGGGACCAGAAGCUGCUGUUUGACAUCACCGUGGCCGACCUGCCCCGCAUGAGCCGCCUGUGCUUCGCCCUCUACGCCGUGGUGGAGAAGAACAAGAAAACCCGCGGCACCAAGAAGAAAAACAAGCGCGCCGAUUGUCCCAUAGCGUGGAUCAACACCAUGGUGUUCGACUACAAGGACCAGCUGAAGACAGGAGAGUUCCUGCUGCCCAUGUGGCCCUCCAUCCCAGACGAUAAGACCGACGUGUUGAAUCCCAUGGGCACAGUGGAGAAGAACCCUAACAUAGACAGUGCAGCCGGACUCCUGAUCUCCUUCCCCAACGUCAGACCGUAUCCUCUCUACUACCCCCCGCUGGACAAGUUGAGCGAACUCGAAAGAAAUGGAGGUAAAGUUGUCAUCACCAAAGAGGAGUCGACGAAGCUGAAGGAGAUCAUGGACAACAAGAACUACACUGAGAUCUUUGAGGACGAGAAGGAGCUGCUGUGGAAGGUGCGGGCAGAGGUGUGCGAGCGCUACCCAGAGAGCCUGUCCAAACUGCUGCUCAUCACCAAGUGGAACAAACACGAGGAAGUGGUGCAGAUGGUGGCGCUGUUGAGGAAGUGGCCGGAGCUUCCUGCCCUGCAUGCCCUGGAGCUGCUGGACUACAGCUUCCCCGACCCCAACGUCCGCGCCUUCACCGUCAGGUGCCUGCGUAAACUCCGCGACGACGAGCUUCUGCAGUACCUGCUGCAGCUGGUGCAGGUGCUGAAGUACGAGGCCUACCUGGACUGCGACCUCACCACCUUCCUGUUGGAGAGAGCCCUGUCCAACAAGCGGAUAGGUCACUUCCUGUUCUGGCACCUCAGGUCUGAGAUGCACGUGGCUUCAGUAAGCCUGCGGUUUGGUCUGAUCCUGGAGGCAUACUGCCGGGGCAACAUCUACCACAUCAAGACCCUGAUGAAGCAGAACGAAGCGCUGGGGAAGAUGAAGGCUCUGAACGACUUUGUGAAGUCAGGUUCUCAGAAGACUUCCCGCCAGCAGACCACGGAGGACAUGAAGCUAUGCAUCAAACAGGAAACCUACCUGGAGGCCCUGUCCGACCUGCUGUCCCCUCUUAACCCCAGCAUCAUCCUGUCUGAGAUCUGUGCGGACAGAUGCAAGUUCAUGGACUCCAAGAUGAAGCCGCUGUGGUUAAUGUACAAGAACCCCUGGCUGCAGGGAGAAACUCUGGGCAUCAUCUUCAAGAACGGAGAUGAUCUUCGUCAGGACAUGUUGACCCUCCAGAUGAUUCAGGUCAUGGAGAUCCUUUGGAAGAAGGAGGGGCUGGACUUGAGGAUGAUCCCUUAUGGCUGCCUGUCCACCGGGAAUAAAACGGGCCUCAUCGAGGUGGUGAAAAACUCGGACACAAUCGCCAACAUUCAGAGGAACAACAGCACCAGUGCUGCCACCGCCGCCCUCAACAAGGACGCCAUCCUCAACUGGCUCAAGACCAAGAACCCCGACAGAGCUAAGCUGGAUCAGGCCAUUGAAGAGUUCACCCUGUCAUGUGCUGGGUACUGUGUGGCCACGUACGUCUUGGGCAUAGGAGACCGCCACAACGACAACAUCAUGAUCAAGGAAAAUGGGCAGCUAUUCCACAUUGACUUUGGCCACUUCCUGGGGAACUUUAAGAGCAAAUUUGGGAUCAACAGGGAGCGAGUGCCUUUCAUCCUGACAUACGACUUUGUUCACGUGAUUCAAGAAGGCCGGACCAACAACAGCGAGAAGUUUGAGAGGUUCAGGGCCUGUUGUGAACAGGCCUAUAAGAUCCUGUGUCGGAACGGCACUCUGUUCGUCAACCUGUUUGGCAUGAUGAAGGCCGCAGGGCUGCCGGAGCUGAGCUGCUCAAAGGACAUCCAGUAUCUGAAGGAUUCUCUGGCUUUGGGGAAGUCUGAGGAUGAAGCGCUGAAGAGUUUUAAAGUCAAGUUCAACGAGGCUCUGAGAGAGAGUUGGAAGACGAAGGUGAACUGGAUGAUGCACUCCUGGGCCAAAGAAAGUAGACUUUGAGAACCGCCAGUGUUUGGAGAAACUUGAAGACCAACCAGAUACCCUAAGUCCAUCCUGGAAGUGUAAGGAGACAGCUGGGGGAAUCAGACAAAUAAACACAAUGCACUGAGGCAGUGCCGGUCCUAGCACCCCACUAGCUCGCACACUCCUCCCCGGGGCGCUAAACCACAACACGGACAUUCGACGUACCGCGGUUAGCGCCCUCUGCUGGUAGUGCGUUUGAAUAAAACCUGUUUGACAAUUGUAUGCACUCAGGAAAUUGCCGCCCCCCUCUUCAUGCCGCCCUAGGCGGCUGCCUAUGUCGCCUGUAGGAAGGACCGGCACUGCACUGAGGGCUCUGACUUUGAGGAUAAAUAUCACUUAGUAUCUGAAAUACAAAGAAGAAGAAAAAAGCUUCUGGAAAGGUUUACACCGGACUUAGAAAACUUGUUUGAUUUAUGAACUGAUGUCGAACUGCAAUUGUUGAUGAGGAACAUUUUUAAAGGAAGCGCUUUCCAAAGAUGAGGAAAGAUGCAGUUAUUUUGCCAUUAUUUCAAAACACAAAGAUAUUACCUUCACAGAAACCACUUUCUACUGAGGAAUCUUGUUAUCGUCACUGCACUUGGAAAAGGGAUUGAAGUUGCCUGAUAUAAAUUGUAUUAUUAGCAUCCUAAACUAUGAACUGAUACCGACAUUAACACCGUUAUUGCCAUAUGUAAUGACACAAUGCUUUAGCAUGUGGUUAAUAUCAAAGCUCUCAUAAGUAAAUUACUUUAUCUCUGGUGUGUGUUCCUAUAGACGGUAUGGUUCACAUUUACAACGGUUCAAUGAUUUCUUCAGCAGUUCUUUUAGGGGGAUUUUGUUCAACUAUUUUGCUGUAUUUUAGAUCGCUGGACAGGUAGAUUUGCAAUGUUUUUUUGGUUUAAAAACAUCUGCAAAUUUGAACUUUGUGUGAGUACUUCAUAGAGUUUUGACCUUCCUGAUGUGGAUAUUGGCCUUACUGUGUUUAAAGUGUUGUGUUGAAACACUUUGGAAAAGCUUGUCCAGGUAUAUAAAUGACGAAAGCCCUCAAGACAACAUUCAAGACCCACUUCAUCUUACAUCCAUCUUUUUGAGAAAACCAGAAAGAUCAACUGUCUUCAUAAGUCAGCAAAACCUUAAAGUAUUUGAACCAUAAGUGCCAAUUAAUGGACGCUGUCAAAUCAGGGAUGUCAGGUUGAUUUCUCCCAAAAUUGUCCACAUAACUCUUGAUGGACCCAGACCCUGAGCUUACAAUAAGUGCCAAGACUGACUUGAUCCAGACUCUGACUUGAUCCAGACUCUGACUUGAUCUAGACUCUGACUUGAUCCACACUCUGAUUUGAUCCAGACUCUGACUUGAUCCAGACUCUGACUUGAUCCAGACUCUGACUUGAUCCAGACUCUGAUUUGAUCCAGAAUCUGACUUGAUCCAGACUCUGACUUGAUCCACACUCUGACUUGAUCCAGACUCUGACUUGAUCCAGACUCUGACUUGAUCUAGACUCUGACUUGAUCCAGACUCUGACUUGAUCCAGACUCUGACUUGAUCCAGACUCUGACUUGAUCUAGACUCUGACUUGAUCCAGAAUCUGACUUGAUCUAGACUCUGACUUGAUCCAGACUCUGACUUGAUCCAGACUCUGACUUGAUCAAACGCCAGAUUAGAACCAGACCCAGUGUCGGGCCUCUGUUCCCAUGACCCAGACAACAAAAUGACAAUACAAUGGAACUGAAUCUCUGGGAUGUAUUGUAAGCCAUAACUUGGUUAUAGCCUAGUUAUAGCAGCUUAAAACAAUACGUUUCAGUUGUUUUGUUCUCCAUAUCUACCUGCUGAAUACUGUGAACUGUUCAAGACUCCAAGUAACACCUAAUCUAGAGAGUCCCUUGUAAACCUACUCUAGAUGCUCAUACAUCAACAAACUAUUGACACAAUGACCUCAACUCUGCUGAUAUUGAACAACUGGUUUGGGUUUAUGGUAAUAAGGGGUAAUCAAUGGUAAUUUUCCAUUUGUUGAUAGUUUAUUGAGUAUAUAUUGAGCUUGUAUAGAUCACUUAGAAAUUGACUCUCAGAUUUUGUGUUACUGAGUAACUCUGUUUAAAUCUAGCUCAGCUGAAUAAAUCUAUGAAAUAAAAUACCUCUUCAGAGAUGUAAAUACAGGGAAAGAGAUUUCAAUCACACAUAUUGGCUUUGUUUCUUGUGAUUUUCUGAUAUUUAUGCGAUAUAUUGUUAAGGAUCCGAUGUGCCUAUGCAUUGUUACUUUUUUGUUUGAGUAAGUGACUGUGACUGUGAAUGGAAAGCUUAUUUGCAACCAUCAUACUUGUAAUAUAUUGUAAUUAGACUGUAUUGUUCCAACAGCUUAAUGCACUUGUCAUAAAGAUCUCAUCUCAUAGGUCAUGAUGUCGUCAACAUAUCCAUCAAGGAUAACUUUAAGGAUGCGUGUGUGUCCGUGUGUGUAAGAACUUCUAAACAUUGUUUUUGUUGUAUUUUAUACUUACUCUUCUCUAUUAAGUUUGCUGUGUGAAUUUCGACCGUGACGGAGCUGUACAAUGGGAUCAUUAUUUUAUGAAACACUUGGAAUAGCUUGAACUUGAAGAUCAUGCAUACUGUUAUGUUACAGUGCUACUGGACUAGUGCAAUUCAUUUUAAAGUUCACAUACAACAGUUAAUGGAGUUUUAAAAAGCAGUUUUAGAAUCAAAUGCUUUUUCAACAACUGUUGUUCUAAGCAUGUGGCAUACUGAAUCUUAUGAGACAGUUUAGGAAACACAAACAUUCUGGAACUGCGUUAAAACUGUCUUAGUUGUUUGUAAAGAACCCAGCUCGUAAAAGUCUAGUGAUGUUUCUUUGGUUUUUGUAAGAUUGUGUUUGAUCUGUUUUCUGUGCUAUGAAUUACAAAGUCAGUUCACCUCACCUGUCACUGUAUGAACUAGCUUCAGUAUCAUGUCAACUACAUUUCCCAUGAGUCACCAGCUUGAAGCAUUUGACAGGGUAACUGCAUUUGAUUGACUUUCAAAUACUCCGCUUUGCUGUUUAUUGUGGCUGUGUGUACAAUCCCACUUAGGAUCUGUAUGCACCCCUUAUCAGUGCAGUUGUACAAUCUGUGUUACCCUGUAUCUCUCCAUCCACCUAUUCAGAGUUAACACUCUUUAACGGAGAGAAACUGGAGUUAGGGGUUCUGUGGCCAACAGUGUUUCCUGGCCUGUUUUGAACUUUGAGUGUGUUCAUUCUUUGUUUUACCUGUACAUUCCUCAGUGGAAGCCAUUUUGUGUGAUAAAAGAGACGCGAUACUG